AUGCCCCUUUCGGGCUGCAGCUCGAGUUCGACCGAAGUGCCACGGCAAGGCGGCGGCGGGCAGUACGAUGCGCAAGCGGAGCUGUGCUCUCGUUUGUUUGCUUUGGGAGAGAAGGCCACGUGCAAGGAGGUGGAGCAACAAGUUCGGACCUUUGCCCAUGCAUUGUGCCAUCAGCCGAAGUCGGUUACAGAGGUGCUGACUUCAUUGGCAAGACGAGGCUGGGAUGACUCCCUGGCCUACGUGAUCAGCAGUUUGCGGAGGUCAGCCCUGGAGGUGAACACCUACCACCUCAGUUCUGGCAUUGCUGCUUCGGCUAGAAGGUCCCUCUGGGCGGUGGCCCUCAACAAGCUGCAGGAGAUGCACUCCUGUGCGAUACCUCCGAACGAGUACAGCCUCAGUUCAGCGAUUGUUGCGGGCCAGCAAGACGGACAGUGGCGCAAUGCAGUGAACAUCCUGUCUGGCUCGCGCAAUCCUGGCCUGCACCGGCAUGAGAUACUCAGCGCUGGCGUCAUGAGAGCAAGCAUCGCCACCUGCCUAGCCGUGCAUCUGUGCACAAGUGCUGCCUGGCCUUGUGUUGACAACUUCAGUGACAAGUUCCUCUACAAGACUUUGGCGGUCGAAGCUGGGUGCUGGCCCGUUGCCGUCGAGAUCCUUCUGCACACUUCGGUGCAGCGUCUUCGCCCCACGGAGAGGCAGGACAUUUGCUGCGAACACUUCGUGGUGAAGUUGAGAGGUCACUGCCGAAAGUGCUUGUGGCAAGUUUUCAGGACAUUCAAUGCCGCCUUGGCCCCAAGCGGCCGUGACAACUGGGCCCAGAGUGCAGGCAGUAUGCUUCAGUCAGAAUUUCCAUUUUCGAGAGUCUGGCAUACUGGCAUGUGUCCCUGUAGUGGUGCCGGUGCUUGCUCUAACGCAGAGCCGGCGCCAGAGCAUGAGAAGGCAACUUGUUGCAGGUAUGACAGCCCUACUCUUGAGAGCUUCAGAUGGAGCUAUCCCAGUGUGACCAGUGAGUGCCCCAUUACAGUUCGUGCAUCGUUUGCCUGA